AUGAGACGACUGCUCCUGACUCUUGCUAUCCUCCUGAACUGCUUUCUCAUAUGGAGUCGCGAGUCUACACGUUUUGGUGGUUCUUCAAAUGUUGCAGGCUUGCAUCGUUUUGUUAAGCGGGAUGCGGCAUCCACUGCCAAGGUCCUGGCUGACGAGCUUGAGGCGACCUGUGCCCAAUCGGACACUGUGCUGUCCGUUACAUAUGUGCAGAAAUAUUUCUGCGCGACCCCAGUAGCCAGAUCAUUCGUCUUUGCCGGUUUCAUCGCAUUGCUCAUGUUUUUGUUCUCGUUCAUUGGCGUUGCGGCCUCCGACUUCUUUAUCCCUAAUCUUGCAAGUCUCGCAGAAGCCUUUGGUUUAGAUGAUAAUAUUGCCGGUGUUACCUUUCUGGCAUUUGGAAACGGAAGCCCUGACUUGUUUGCAACCCUCUCUGCUAUGAGAACCGGAUCCGGAAGCCUAGCCGUUGGUGAGCUGAUCGGUGCUGCCUCAUUCAUCGUCUCCGUUGUCGCGGGUUCCAUGUGCAUCAUCACUGAGUUCAAAGUCAAAAAAGUGCACUUCAUUCGGGACGUAGGGUUCUUCACAGCCGCUGUGCUGCUGUUGAUCACGGUGCUCUAUGAUGGCUUGCUGAUGCUUUGGGAGGCUCUGUCUCUCGUAGCGCUAUAUAUAUGCUAUGUAGCAGUUGUGGUCGUGGGUUCUAUGUGGCAGAAGAGACGGCAACGCAUGGCCCAGUCACUUGAAAUCUCGCGCACCCAACAUGAACAAGAGCCGGGAAUUGAAAUUCUUGUGGACGUUGUGGAUGACGAGCCAUACAGGGAUGACCCCGAGGAGGCGCGGAAACCACGGACACCAAGAUUGGAAAUUCCUUGGUCACCUCGACAGCGGUCGACUUCGUUACCUGAACGGGAUCACAUGCUCAUCCCUCCUUCCGAAAGCCAAGAAAUGAAUUCCCUCAGCUCGACAUCCCCCAACGUCCCACCAUGGGUCGUGGCCCCUUGUCCUCUUCUCAUGUAUCUCGUCCAAUCUCUUUAUCACUUCCGCGAUGUUGUGACAUCGUUGCGACGAGAAUCCGCGACAGAGGUCCUUGCAGCGUUCGAGUCACCCGUUUCACCGACGUAUCUGGGCGGACACUACCAUGUUCGUCCUCCAUCUCUUUAUUCCUCCCACCAUCCACAACAUUCAUACUUCGAUUCCUCACGGAGUCCAAGUCCUCUCUCUUCCCGACGUCCUUCGUCAUCGCUCGUUUUACCUGAAUCUACACUUCCAGUUCACAUAAACGGACAAACGCUGCAGAUUCCGACACCCUCCCCUGGGACCAUAUCCACCACGCACCCAUUCCAACUCAGAGCAGUUGAGGAGAUAGCCUCAACGAAACUUUCGCGGCGAAAGGGCAUGUCACGGCGAAUAGCACGAAUUUUCCACGUUCUCACGCCAACACUGUUUCAUUUAAGUGAGAAGAGAUUUCUGAGCGCAGCAGCGUCAAUUCUUGCGGCUCCCGCCGUGUUCAUGUUGACUGUUACCUUACCAGUGGUGGUUUCGUCUGUUGUGGAGGGCGAUGAUGAUUGGAGCGUCAAAGACGAAGUGCCCGAGGGACCUCUUAUUGGUGUUGAAUUUGACGAUGAUUCGGCACAUCCUGCCAGAACAGCAGUCGAUGGACGCCAUCAUUCGCGGGCAGUGGAUCAGGAGCCAGAGCAGGAUAUCUCAGAGGAUUCGGACGUGGCUGCCCAGCCUGGGCCAGAGCUUAAUAAAUACCUUACCGCGAUUCAACUUAUUUUGGGCCCCCUUUGGGUCAUGGCGAUUUUCUUCGGUGGAAAGUCAUAUGGGGUUUGGAUUGAGCUAGCUACCCUUGUUGUCGGCAUUUCAGCCGCGGUACUCGUGCUCUGUUCCGUUGGCGAGGGUAGGGAUCCAGGACUUAGACUAGCUCUCUGCUUGUUGGGUUUUAUGGUGAGUGUGGUGUGGAUCAUGGCCAUUGCGGACGAAGUAGUCCAACUGCUCGAAGUGAGUUUUGACGACCAAUUUUGUAAAAUGCGCGUCCCAAUGAUCCGGGAUGGCUAUUUGCAGACACUUGGCCUUAUCUUUGGACUCUCUCCCGCCAUCAUUGGCCUCACAAUCUUCGCGGUUGGUAACUCUCUCGCUGACUUCGUCGCCAAUGUCACCGUCGCAUCCUAUGCACCCAUCAUGGGCUUCAGCGCCUGUUUCGGAGGACCUAUGCUAAAUAUACUCCUGGGUAUUGGACUCUCCGGUACAUUUGUCAUUUCAGAAGUGCAAGGUGGGAAGCCAUAUGAACUGGAAUUCACUCGGACAUUAUUCAUCAGCAGUUGCGGACUACUUGGGUUGCUUGUGAGCACGCUAAUAUAUGUGCCGAUGAACAAUUAUGAACUGAACAAGAAGUGGGGGCUGUUUUUGAUAUGUUGUUAUGUGGGGAUCAUGAUAGCGAACGUGUCUGUUGAAAUAUGGGCCAAAGGAUCAAUAGAUUGA